CUCGUACACGUGGUUUCUCAAGAUUUCUACAAAAUGUAUCUUUAUUCUGGAAAUAAUAAGAUGGUUUGAGAACGAUUAAUAUUACACUCUCCAUCAGAUCUACACUUGGACAUUCGCUCAUCAACGAUAAUACAUACAGCAUUCAUUUGAAUUUUCAAACAAUAUAGAUUUGUAAUUAAUAGAUUAUUGUACUUAUAAGGACUAGAAUAAACGUUAUUUUAUGAUUAUUUUAAAUACCUUGUGUAUAUGUCAAUUCGUAAAAUAAUCAUGUUGUAAUGACUUGCGUAUCCAUAGUAACCGAUUCGAAUUUUACGAAUUUCUGUAUUCAAUAAAUAUUUAAAGACUUUAUAUUAAUUAUUUUUGUGUAUUAUAUUAUGAUACAAUGGAGGAUCUAGCGAAUUCUGAUGUUCGAAUUGUAUUGAACAUAAGAGAAGGCAGAGGUUUUGAACAAAUUCCAAUACCUACGUUAGUUGUUGCAACUUUGAAUGGUCAUUCCUUGGAGACUGAGCAAAUAGAUUCAAAUCCAAAUCCUCAAUAUGAUCAUGACUUGGUUUGGGAAGUAGACAAGAGCAGAGUUCGAAAAAUGAGGUCUGGACAGGUCCCAUUAAAACUUGAAUGUUUUGCAAUUAAAAGCAAUAACAGCAAAGAAAAGAUUGGAUACCUCUUGCUUAGCUUGAGGUCUGCACAGGUUUUUAAUAGAAAUGAAAUUAUUAAUGUGAAAGCUACUUGGCACAAGUUAUUAGGAUUAAAAAGUGAAUUCAAAGCUCAUAAACCUGAACUCCUUCUCGCUUUGAGCAUUCAUGAUCAUGAAGCUACAGCAAUAAAUUCUCAAUUUGAGUUAAAGAAUUUAGAAGAGUGUCAACAAACAAAUAUUAGUUCUGACAGGGUAACUCCAAUUUUGCUACAAGAUGAAAGACUUAUACAAUUAGGGCCAUUAAAUAAUUGCCAAGAACUCUUUUUACUGAAUAUCACAGCUAUAUCUGCGACAAAUAUCGAUUCAUUAUUGCCGCUUAAAUAUUAUACAGACAUGAGGAACAACCUGUAUUUUUGGUGUAAAAUAUUAGAAAAUGAUGUGUAUUUUAAUCAGUCAAAAAAGGAAUAUGGAGAUGUUUGGACGCUGAAUGAAAAAAUUGUAAUCAGAAUCCGAAGUUCAUUGAGAGUCUUUAAGGAAUAUUUACAAUUAAAACCAUUCUUGUUCAUAUACUUGAAAUACAAAGAUAAUGUAGUUGGUCAGUCAGAAAUAAAUUUACAACCAUUGAUCCCUACUAGUAAUAUUGAAGAGCUUUUCAAAAUGUAUGAAAACAAUACUACUACUCUGAAUCAAAGAUGUUAUUUAUACACAAAAGAUCCUGCCAAGUGUGAAGAGAGAAAUCCUUUCGUUGAUUUACAAUUAAAAUUGCAGUACGUAGGCAGAGCAGAUACUGCAAUGGACAGUUCUCCAAUGAUCAAUGAUUUGUUUGUCUCUAAUUCGACUAAAGAAUUGAAAAAUAAUUUUGGACAAAUAACUUGUAAUGAGAUAGACUGUCACAGAAAUCCUGCUGGUGACUUUGGAAAAUAUGUUGGUGGACCUCAGAUAACUUCGUUUAACUUUCCAAGCGAAUGCCAUAGUAUAAAUAGGCAUGCUUUAAGUUGUGGUGCAAUAAAAGAUCAACCGACUAAACCCAUUUGCUCAAAUUCAGUUAACACACUGUUGUGUCCAUCCAAUACCGGUGAUUAUUCUAAAAGCGUAGAAGCCUAUCAUUGUUACUGUUUAAACAUUUCACUGACUGCGAUUAAAGCAACGUCUUCCAAAUUAACGAUACCAAACAUGGAAAUUCGAUUCCAUCAUCCGAAAACUGAAGUUACUUCGUCGUUUAUUCCAAAACUAUCGCUAUCAUUAGGAGAAAAAAUAAAAUUACAUGAUAUACAAUGCAAAUUGCAAUUUAUCUCAGCAGUUGAUGAGAUCAAACAGCUACUGUUAUCUUUCCCACCAAAAAUUAGUAUAUAUAAAUUAGACGGAAACACUAAAAUUUGUGUAUCCCAAAGCAUAAUUGAUACAAAAGAAUUAUUUCAUUCAAAUAAGACUAAAUAUCAAUCCAACAUACCAUUACAUGAUAUGGAGCAAAAUGAGAUUGGUAAUUUAGACGUUAUAUUAAACUUAGAAGAUCAUGGUCCAUACUACAGGAUUAAAAGGACUGUACCUAGUGAAAAUUUAGGACCUCCGAUUUUAGAUGAUAGUUUAGCAUAUAAAAUAGUAGAUGAGCUAGAGACUUGGAAAGAACGACAAAUGGAGAUAUUUAAAGUUGAGCUAAAGAGAAAGGAAGAUCGCCAUUUAAAUUUGUUGAGUCAGGAAUGGCAAAAGCACAGGGAAAAUUUAGAAACGAAACUUGCGUGUAGCGUUGAACAAUGUAAAAUGUUAGCAAACAGUUUAAACAGUGCUACAGAAGAUUUGAGAACGCGGAGAUUAAAAAGUCUCGAGAAGGAAACUAGAUUAAUUAAGGCAAACGAAGAGUUACAGUGGCGGUAUGAAGUAAAGUUGCGAGAACUUCGAGAAUCAUUUCAAACUAUGCAAGACGAACUCACGUCGAAGGUCAAUGCUCUUGAAAAGAGAAAGACGUCUUUGGAAGCGCAAGUUGAACAAUUAAGUACCGAAAACGAAAAGUUACAAUCACUCGUAACGAAGCAAACUGAAGAACUGGAAGCUUAUCAGAAAGGCUCCUUGACUCAGGAUCAAACUGCAAAUUUGCUGCAAGAAUUAAAAACGCUUGAAGAAAAAUUACAAAAUGCGCAAGAGAGUAAAGCUUUUUUCAAAGGACAAUGGGCGAAAGCAGUUCGCGAAAUACAUCAUAUGAAAACGGAAAAUCAACAAGCUAUAAAAGUACAAAUAAAGAAUAAUAAAGAAGAAUUACAAAACUUGGACCUGGAGGAAAUACUUUGCACAGAUUCAGCUGCUUUGACAAAUGAUCAAAUACUAUUAAACGAAAAAAAGAAAAUUGAAGUGAUCAAGCCUAAAGCCUCAUUUGUCGAUGAGAAUUACUUAGUAUUUACACCCACUUCUAUUCCAAAAAUUGCGCAAAAUAAUAAAGGUACGUUAAAGAGUUUGGCAGAACGAAGUGAACGACUGCAAGCACUUAUCGAAGAACGUGAAUUUCUUCUAAAGACAGGUAGCUACACCACUGACGAUACAAUUAUUAUAAAAUUAAACAAUGUAAUCAGAUCUCUAAUGAUGAAGUAAUAUAUUUUAUAAAUUGUACAAUACUUUAUAAUCUUUUCUUACU